CACUCCUGCUCCACCAAUUGCAUAUCAAACCGACGUCUGCAACCCAACACCAGCAACUCCAACGCAACUUCAACUCCAAAUAACGACAACAACCGGCGGCCGUUCAGAAGAGACCCAACGACCUCGAGCUUUCAUCCGAGAGACCCCUCUGUUCCACUGAUCUCUUUCUGACUGUGUUUCGUAACCCAUCUCUGUCCCUCACCCUGGGUUAUUGGGUGGCUAGGCGGCUCACAGACGCCCUCCGUGUCUCUUGCGUGAGCCGGGCACGGCAAGAUGGCCGCCCUCGCCAGCUCGCUCAUCCGGCAGCGAAGGGAGGUGAAGGACCAGCCAACCAACCGGCAGAUCUCCAACAAGCGCAAACCCUGCCCCAAGAGCAACAAGUCUCUGUGUCAGAAACAGAUCCUCAUCCUUAUCUCCAAAGUAAGACUUUGCGGCAGUCGAGGAAGAAAACUGGAGAAAAGACCGGAGCCUCAGCUAAAAGGCAUCGUCACACGCCUGUACUGCCGGCAUGGAUUCUACCUCCAGAUGUUACCAGAUGGCACCAUGGACGGCACAAAGGACGAAAACAGCUCCUUCUUGCUGUUCAACUUGAUUCCUGUGGGUCUAAGAAUAGUGGCCAUCCAGAGCACUAAGACAGGCCACUAUGUUGCCAUGAACAGUGAGGGCUACCUCUACACUUCAGAACACUUCACACCAGAGUGCAAGUUUAAAGAGUGCGUGUUCGAGAACUACUACGUGACAUACUCAUCCAUCCUGUACCGGCAGACGCAGUCUGGCAGAGCCUGGUACAUCGGCAUCAAUCGAGAUGGGCAGGUCAUGAAGGGCAACAGAGUCAAAAAGACAAAAGGAGCCGGCCACUUCCUGCCCAAACUCAUUGAAGUGGCCAUGUAUAGAGAACCUUCACUACAUAACAUCGUCGGGCAGAGCCUACCACGGAAAACAGUCAAAACGUCAGACUGUCCUGUCAACAAUGACAACAAGAAAGACCCUUUGCCUCCAAAAACUAGUGCCUCCUAG